AUGAGAGGGAAGAACGGGGUAGGAAUUUUAGUUAAUAAUGAUCUAAGGGAGCUAGUGGUUGAGGUUAAGAGAGUGAAUGACAGCUUGAUGACCAUUAAGAUAGUCGUGGGAGGGUAUACUCUGAACGUAGUUAGCGCUUACGCGCCUCAGGUGGGUUUGAACGAGGAGGUUAAAAGAAGCUUCUGGGAGGAUUUGGAUGGGUUGGUACGGGGUAUACCGUCCACUGAGAAGCUUAUUAUAGGGGGUGAUUUUAACGGCCACAUUGGGAGGUUGCGUGGGGGAUAUGCCGAUGUGCAUGGUGGCUUCAGUUUUGGAGAUAGAAACGGAGAAGGUACUUCGCUGCUGGAGUACGCUAAAGCUUUUGAGCUGGUGAUCGCUAACUCAUGUUACAUGAAGAAGACAGAGCACCUGAUAACCUUUCGGAGUAUGAUGGCCAAGACCCGGAUUGAUUAG